UCAUGGAGCAGUUCAACCCUGCACUAGAGAAUCUGGUGUACCUGGGCAACAAGUACCUCCGGGCCUUCCAUGCUCUGUCCGAGGCAGCUGAGGUGUACUUCAGCGCCAUCCAGAAGAUUGGGGAGCAGGCUCUGCAGAGCUCCACAUCACAGAUUCUGGGUGAGAUCUUGGUUCAGAUGUCAGACACUCAGCGGCACUUGAACUCAGACCUGGAGGUGGUGGUAAGUAUCAGGCCCCAGGGCCAGAAUCACUCAAGCAGAUGGGCUGCGGUUCAAGAACGAGGGCCCAGAGGCUGAGGAGACAGUCUCAGGUGGUAAAGUGCUUGCUAUGCAAGCCUGGGCCUCAGGUCAGAUCCUGAGCACCAAAUGGUGGCACAUGUCUGUAAUCCCAGCACCAGGAAAUGAAGACAGGAGGACCCUAGGGCUUGCUGGCCAGACAGUCUUGUGAGUCAGUGAGCUGUGAGUGGGUGAGAGACCCUGCCUUGAAAAAAGUAAGGUGGCAAGCCAUGGAGGAAGCCACUAGCUGUCGCUCUCUAGCUUUCACAUAUAUGUACACACACAUGUUC